AUGGACGAGGCAUGUCUGCCGAUGUCGUCGUUUCUGGUGGUCGGUAACCCGAAGCGCAAGGCGAGCUGGAAGCUGCCGUAUGCCACCGCAGACGGCGCCGUCUCGCUCAAGUCGCUGACAUCCAUCAAGGAGGUGCUGGAGACCGGGAGGCUUUCGAACACAGAGAUCAGCUUCUCUAUUCCACCCGAGGCCCGCGAGCAGGCGCGGACGCUCAUCACCGAUGCGCUGGCGUACCUCGCCUCGCUGCCGCCAACGUCAGAAACUGCCGCAGCUGUCCGCCGCUAUCGCAGGCCACUCUCGCCGCUCCGCGACGCACCAAUCCACGGCAACGCGGCCGUCGUCGAGACCAAGCGGCAAGCAGAGGAGUGCUGCACUCCUGAUGCGCCGCCGGCAAGCAAGCGUCUAAAGCGGAUCGACGGGAGCAGGAAGCCUGGGCGAAUGGGGCGGCGGAAGAAGCGGAUCGACACGCUGGAGGAGCGCGCGAGCAAGCACGCGCUACUGGAAGCACGCGCGCUGGCGGUGACCGACGUUGUGGUUGGCAAGUUGCUUGGCGUCGGCGCAUCGGGUGAGGUUCGAUUGGCCCGGCUGAUGACCGGCUCCGGGGCGAGCCGGACCGGUGUGCAGGUGGCGGUCAAGACACUGUUCAAGACCUCAGCACUGGCCACCCAGAUGUUCUACGACGAGGCUGCGUUGCUGCUACAGCUUGACCAUCCGAAUGUGCUGAGGGUACAUGGGGUUUGCCUGGCGGCGUCGCCACGGAUGAUGGUCAUGGAGUACGUGCCGCGGUCGCUGGAGGAGAUGCUUGCGCCGGGCGCUCUUCCAAUUGCCGACGCACUCGUUAUCGCGCGCGGCGUGUUGACUGGACUCGACUACCUGCACAAUGCAGUCGAGCCGGCAAUCAUCCACCGCGACCUCAAGCCUGGCAACAUCCUGGUCGACAACUCGCUGCGCGCGGUUAUCGCCGACUUUGGUGUCUCGCGGGUCUCUUCCGACUCGACAAUGACGGUCAUCGGUACGCCGCUGUAUCUGGCGCCCGAGGUUGUCCGCGACGAGCGGUACUCGCACAAGGUCGACAUGUAUUCGUUUGGCAUGGUCCUCUAUCAGAUGCUCACCGGGACACCGCCGUUUGCGGUCCGCGCCGGCGACGGCCGCAUCAUCUACAAGUACUCGCGAGUCCAGCUAGUGAUGAAAGUCGCGGUCGAGAAGGAGCGCCCGAAGCUGCCGACGGCCAUGCCAGGCGUCCUCACCGACAUCAUCACCUCGAGCUGGGCUGAGGAUCCAGACGCGCGACCAGAGGCGUCGGCGCUCCUCGCCGCACUUGCUGUUAUCCCGCCGUUCCCGGUAGACGCGCGGGUGGUGCCGCUGGCUCCCACGCCACCGCCGCAGCCUACCGCUGCAGCUGCUGCAGCUGCCGCGGCCACCACUGUGGUGGUCGGCACAGCCGGGGCGACCGUUGCGACUGCUGCCACUGUGCUCCUGGACGAUGGUGGCGGGCCGAGCACUGCCGCGAGCGUGGAAUGA